CGAAAAGCCAGCGACCAGAGGCCCCAAACAGACGGCGUCGGGCGCUUGGAGCAGCUGAAGAGCUGAAGAGCCGCAGAGCUGAAGAGCUGAGCUUGAAGAGCUGAGGCUGAAGCUGAAGCUGAAGCUGAAGCUAAAGCCACAGCUGAACCAGUGGAGCAGUGAAGCAGUGAAGCAGUGAAGCUAAGCCGCCGCCGAGAAGCCGAAUCCGAACGAUACCGAUACCGACGCAGACCAGCACCAGCACCAGCACCACGACAACGAGACCGAGCGCCCCAUCGCCGUCGAUCAUUCGUUUGGCGCUCUGCUCACUCGCGCGCUCGAAGCGGGCUCGAGUUGUUAUAAAAGUGGCAAGGACAUACGGUCGAGCCAUUAGUCGAAAACUAUAAACGCUCGACGCGAAAUCGUCUCCGGGUCUGCGUCUCCGUCUGCGUCUCCGUGACCGAAAGCCAAAAAGCGCCAACCGUUUCACACAGCCCGAUAUUGUCAUAAAUAUAUAGACACAUAUGUAUAUUUAUUUAUUUUUUUUUUGGUUACUUCGGCGCAUCCUGCAAAUAAUUUUACAACCAAUUUACUGAACACUAUUCCAAAGGCAUCGCAACGCAGCGCAGCGCCACGCAUUGAAUUGCAUUUUUUUUUCAAGUGCCAGUCGAAAGCGAGUAAAAGCAAAAGUGACCACCAAUGGCCGCCAAGCAGUGCAGUAAAUAAAUUGCCACCAGCAAGCAGCAAAGGGAAAUCCGCCCAAGAAAGGCGAGCGACAGCCACCAGCGCGCACCAGAGCCAGAGCAGCCAGAGCAGCCAGAGCAGCCAGAGCAGCACCAAGAGCACCAGGAGGAGGAACCACUGCCACCUGCACACACCCACCCAGCGCAGCCAGAAGAGGAGCACCAUGCUGGCCGAUUCGUACCUGAUCAAGUUUCUGCUGCGGCAGCUGCAGGUGCAGCAGGAUGGGGAUGCCCAGCACCUGCUGAUGGUCUUCCUGGGCCUGCUGGCCGUGGUCAGCCUGCUCCAGUGGCUGGUGAGGCACUAUCGGGAGCUGCGCAAGCUGCCGCCGGGUCCCUGGGGACUGCCCGUCAUCGGGUAUCUGCUGUUCAUGGGCAGCGAGAAGCACACCCGCUUCAUGGAGCUGGCCAAGCAGUACGGAUCCCUCUUCUCCACGCGACUGGGCAGCCAGCUGACCGUCGUGAUGAGCGACUACAAGAUGAUCCGCGAGUGCUUCCGGCGCGAGGAGUUCACCGGACGCCCGGACACUCCCUUCAUGCAGACGCUGAAUGGAUAUGGCAUCAUCAACAGCACUGGCAAACUGUGGAAGGAUCAGCGCCGCUUUCUGCACGACAAGCUCCGCCAGUUCGGGAUGACCUACAUGGGCAACGGCAAGCAGCAGAUGCAGAAGCGCAUCAUGACGGAAGUGCACGAGUUCAUCGGCCACUUGCACGCCAGCGAUGGCCAGCCCGUGGACAUGUCACCCGUCAUCUCGGUGGCCGUCAGCAAUGUGAUCUGCAGCCUGAUGAUGAGCACCCGGUUCAGCAUCGACGACCCCAAGUUCCGGCGCUUCAACUUCCUCAUUGAGGAGGGCAUGCGGCUGUUUGGGGAGAUCCACACCGUUGACUACAUACCCACCAUGCAGUGCUUCCCCAGCAUCUCGACGGCCAAGAACAAGAUCGCCCAGAAUCGCGCCGAGAUGCAGCGGUUCUACCAGGACGUGAUCGACGACCACAAGCGCAGCUUCGAUCCGACCAACAUCCGCGACCUGGUGGACUUCUAUCUCUGCGAGAUCGAGAAGGCCAAGGCCGAGGGCACGGAUGCCGAGCUCUUCGAUGGCAAGAAUCACGAGGAGCAACUGGUGCAGGUGAUCAUCGAUCUGUUCUCCGCCGGCAUGGAAACCAUCAAGACCACCCUGCUGUGGAUCAACGUGUUCAUGCUGCGCAAUCCCAAGGAGAUGCGCCGCGUCCAGGAUGAACUGGACCAGGUUGUGGGACGCCACCGCCUGCCCACCAUUGAGGAUCUGCAGUACCUGCCCAUCACCGAGUCCACCAUUCUGGAGUCGAUGCGCCGUUCCAGCAUCGUUCCCUUGGCCACCACUCACUCGCCCACAAGGGAUGUGGAACUCAAUGGGUACACCAUACCGGCCGGCUCGCAUGUCAUCCCGCUGAUCAACAGCGUCCACAUGGACCCCAAUCUGUGGGAGAAGCCCGAGGAAUUCCGCCCAUCGCGAUUCAUCGACACGGAGGGCAAGGUGCGCAAGCCCGAGUACUUCAUCCCCUUCGGAGUGGGUCGGCGGAUGUGCCUGGGCGAUGUGCUGGCGCGGAUGGAGCUCUUCCUGUUCUUCGCCUCCUUCAUGCACUGCUUCGACAUCGCCCUGCCCGCGGGUCAGCCACUGCCCAGUCUCAAGGGCAACGUGGGCGCCACCAUCACGCCGGAGGCCUUCAAGGUCUGCCUCAAGCGCCGCCCCCUGGCGCCCACUGCCGCCGAUCCGCACCACAUGCGCAACGUUGGCGCCAACUGAUGUGGACCCGGUCCGCUCCAGAGCACGGUUUUGUUCCUACACAAAUGCAAAAGCGCAAGAAGAAAUUCGAGUGAGGAGGGGAGGCCACUUCCAUUCUGGCCUCCCGUCGAGAGCUAUCCAUUUAGCGAUAAGUUAGUAGUAUCCGCCCGUGGGAGGAGCACAUCCGGAUCCCGGCUAGAGCCGGGCUGGACCAGGAGCAGAGCAGCCGCAAGCUGUGACCAACGCACAGAGGACUGCAACCAAUUCUAUUCUUUCACCCCCAAGAAGCUGUGUUCAACUAAUUGUAGUUAAACCCUAGUUAAUACGCCCUAGUUAGGUUCGAUUACGCGCUAAUGUCAAUGUUUUUAUAGUUAUUAACUAAUAUUAUUAUAACGCUAAUGCUAGGAUACCGCUAUGUCUAAAGCCAGCAGGCCCUUAAGUUAAGUUAGUUAAGUUAGCUAACGUUCUUGUUUAUUCGUAGUAUUAGAACUAGCUUAAUGUCCAAACAACAAACAACAAAACAAACUGUGGUUUAGUCUUACAAGCACACAUAAAAAUAGCAAACGAUUCGAAAAUAAAGAAAAAUUUGUGGAAAAACCUUGAAAA